AGCGUACCCACCGUUAAUCUUUGCACUACAAGUCCCAGGAAGCCUUUCGUCCGUCGCCAUAGAAGCGGGAAGUUCACUUGAGCUUCGUUUCCACUAUGAACGCCCCGGUUCGCAUCUUCGCCGCUCUGCCAGCGGCAGAAACCGACGGUAAAGACAAACAGCAGGGCCUGGAGGUAACAUGUCUCAAUAAGCCGGUGAGGGAGGUUCAGGUGACCGGGGUGGCGGAGGUUUCCUGCCCGGCCGACCGAGCGUGGCUGCUGGUCAGCGUGACCAGCACGAAGGACUCGAUAAACGAGGUGACAAACAGCAUUUCACGGCGACUGGAGUACAUUUUCCAGACGAUCAGACAACAUGGCGUCAGUGAGGAACACAGAACAGUGAGACGGACUCUUCGCCGACAUGCUGAGGCCUACGCCAUGGAUGCAGAGAUCCUGGUGACCUUCUCAGAAUUCAAGAAGAUGGAGCAGACGUGUUGCGUCCUAUUGGAAAAGCUGGAUAAGAGUGUCCAAGUGGGGACGCCUCGGUUCUUCCACAGCGCUGCGUGCCUGAGCGAGCUGAGGUGCUUGCAGCUCCAAACGGUUGAAAAUGCUCAACAGAAGGCCAGUAAGAUCGCUCAGCUACUGGGGGAAAGUUUGGGAGCCACGCUGCUGGUCAGAGAGGAGGAGACCAAGGAGUGGAGGAAUGAAGAGGAGGCUACAGGUGGCGAACGCAGCUCGACGCACCUUCUUCCUCUCCUACCUACAGCCACCGCCACCUCGCAAGUGUCCGUUUCCUUCAGCUUCAGAGACAAAAGCAGGAAAAAACUCUAAACACACAUUUGGAGAGUCU